GGUUGGCUUUGAUGAGAAAUCAACAUUGAAAGUGUUUUAUUCUGACAUGUGAUUUUCGGUAUAACAUAUCAGUGCAACACCAGUAGUUUAGUGCAACACCAACAUUUUAUGAUGAUUUCACCCGUCGAAAAAAUCUCAAGAAGAUGUUUACUCCUGAGUAAAUCGGACAAUGUCAUUGGUACCGCAAUACCUUUACUGUGUUCUUAUGUUCCACAUUGUCUGUUUGGGUCAUACAGAGUAGCCAAGUAUGAAAUGCCACCAAAAUAUGAUGACGUGGAGUACCCAGAAAGGAGGAAACUUCGGAUUAUGGAUAGAGUCCCACUACUUCCAGCCAACAAACGACCACCCAAAAUGUUUAAGAGAUUGAUUGACAUGAGAGGGCCUGAAGAGGUUCAUAAUAAACUACAGUAUGGAGAGUACGCCAUACAGGCACUAACAGGAGGGCAGAUGCGCUGGGGGCAUAUCGAGGGUGUUCGCCUGGUGGUCAAUCGUAAAAUGGAUGAGCGCCGUAUGUUUGCUGUGUGGCGGAUUGACUCCCCUUGGAAGCCCAUCACAAAGAAGGGCAUAGGUCAUAGGAUGGGGAAAGGGAAGGGCUCUAUCGACCACUACACAGUGCCCAUUAAAGCAGGAAGAAUCAUCCUAGAAAUGGGGGGGAAAUGCGAACUGAGUGAGGUACAAACCAUCCUGACCCACAUCACGAAAAUUACCCCGUUUCGAUCCCGUGUGGUCACGCGGGAAAUUCUGGAGAAGGAAGAAGAGGAGCAGAAGUAUAUAGAGGAAAAUAACAUCAACCCGUUCACAUUUGAACAUUGUGCUAAACAUAACAUGCUGGGUGCUCGAAUCUACCUGAGUCCAUACCAUGUCAUGUGGAAGGGAAAGUAUAGAUAAGUGAUGUCUGUGUUUACUUGAACAGUGUGGUUGUUAUGUUACUUCCAGUGGCUUGCUGUGACUGUUUAAAUGAAUGUGAAAGGACUUUGCUGUAGAUGAAAGAGAGUUUUGUUUUAGAAAAAAAGAGAAAUAUACCUGACAUACAGGUAGAAGAAAGCAGUAGGCUAUGACUGAAAAGGAAACAGGUGUAACGUUUAGAGCAAGAAUGAACGUAAGAUAGCUGAGCUAAAAGUCACAAAAAUGUAAGGUGGAAGUUUUUCUCUAUGCCACAAGUGGCUAUCAAACUACUGAGCUAUAGCCAAAUGUCAAAAACUACCACUUCCUUCACGAUACAAUAGUAGUAAUCAGAACAAUAUAUUUUUGUGUGAAAUAUUGUUAAUAGCUAUAGCGAUCUGCAGUACAUGGAGUGCAUCCAGCACUAUAGUGCACUAAGGGAGAUAAACGUGGACCCUUUGAACAGACGACAGGUGUUGGGCUGAAUGUGACUGAAGUCCCAUUUGUUAGCCGCUCCUCAGGUUGACUUGUUGCUAACUAGAUUUGAAGAAACCCCUCUUCACUGUCUCUGCUGCUGAUGCAGUCGAAUUAUUUCUUCCGUAUUAAGAGGAAGUGAAUUUGUGUACUGAAAUGUUGAUUAUGGCUACAUAAAGGUAAACAAAAAUGA